GAGAGGGAAGAACAGGGUUUUAGCGAGAGUAGUCGCGGGUGAGUCAUCGAUCGAUCGUAGGCGCUAGCUCCAUCCGCGUCGUGGCACGCCUGGCGCCGCGACGGCCGCGUCCGAUCUUCGGGUUUAAUCCGUGUUCUUGGCCGGGGAAUCCACUGUUCUUAGUGCUGAUUGCGUAGUUUUCUUCCGGGAAAUCUCGAUUCUAGCGGCUGGUGAGGUGCUUUUGCGGCGGCAUUGCCGAAAUAUUACAGUAGUCGCAGGGGGCCAAAAGUUUUUCUCCUCGUCCUUUCUGGCAGAGGCAUCUUUUCUUUGACGAGAGGAGAUUUUAAAUGCUUCUACUGCGGUGUUUUCUCGAUCUCCUCGGUCAGUGACACAAAUCCAGGCGAUCGGACCAUAUGUUUCUGCCCCAUCCCUUUUUCCUUUCCUUUAAUUCGUCGGUGCCGAAGCUACAUUGUGAUUGAUUGAAGGGCGACACACCGUUAUUGGGUGGAUGAAUUCUUCUCAUCACUAGGCGUACUGCUUCCACAAGUUGCAGCUAGGAAAGCAAAGCUAGGAAAUUGCCUCACGGUCCAUUGUCCAUAUGUGAGAAGGGGCGCCCGAACGACGCGUUUCCUCAAUGGACUCGUCGAGAAUGGAGCAGUAUGAGAUCAUUGGGCAAGUUGGGAAGGGCGCGUUUGGCUCAGCCAUUCUCGUCAAUCACAAACUUGAGAAGAAGAAGUAUGUCUUGAAGAAAAUAAGACUUGCUCGCCAGAGUGAUAGAUGCAGGCGUUCUGCUCACCAAGAGAUGGCUCUUGUUUCUCGGGUGAAGCACCCUCACAUUGUCGAAUACAAGGAAGCGUGGGUGGAGAAGGGAUGCUAUGUAUGCAUCGUCACAGGAUACUGUGAGGGAGGGGACAUGGCGGACAUCAUCCGUAAAGCGAACGGAACUUACUUCCCAGAGGAGAGGCUUUGCAGAUGGUUCGUCCAACUCCUCUUGGGCGUUGAGUACCUACAUGCAAACCACAUUCUCCAUCGGGAUGUUAAGUGCUCCAACAUAUUUUUAACGAAGGAUCAUGACAUUCGAUUAGGUGACUUUGGACUCGCCAAAAUGCUCAAGUCGGAUGACCUUGCGUGCUCGGUCGUAGGGACACCGAACUACAUGUGUCCUGAGCUUUUAGCUGAUAUCCCAUAUGGUUUCAAGUCAGAUAUCUGGUCUCUAGGAUGUUGCAUGUAUGAGAUGAGCGCACAUAGGCCAGCAUUUAAAGCUUUCGACAUCCAAGGACUGAUCAAUAAAAUCAACAAGUCUUCGAUCGGCCCACUGCCAACGUGCUACUCUAGCUCAUUUAAAUCCUUGAUACGGAGUAUGCUUCGAAAAAAUCCGGAGCAUCGUCCGACGGCCGCAGAACUACUGAGACACCCUCAUUUGCAACCGUAUCUACUCCAGCGUAGAAGGCAAGUUGGUGGAGCUCUUCUCAUGGCGCACAGCCUGGACCUUAGUGGCGAUAGCAGCUAUUCAAUGAACGCCACGGACUCUAGUGGCGACGUCGACAAUAAACGAUUUGAGCACGACGACGUGCAAUCAGCUGCUCCCACUAGCAGAACUGCAAGUCACAUUUGGAAUGUCGAUACGAGUGAGAAGGAGAAUUCCGAGACGUCAUCAGAGUCUCUAUCAAAGACACUGGGAAGAAACGCAGGUCUAACGAAUUUUGAGUGGCUGAAGCAUCGACUCGCUAAAAGGCACUUCGAAGAAAACUUGACGGACGGGAGUGAAACGCAAGUGGAUUCUGGUGCUGAACAAGACAAGUAUCCAAUCAAAAGCUCGCCGGUUCGAACUAGCCGUGUAAAGUCGGUAGUCCCAAGUCCUCGGACGCCGUUAGCAAGGGAAGCUCCUCCACGAAAGAAGUAUUCUGGUGGGGAGCCUCCUUCAAGAUAUAAAAUCAAAGCAGAGCUGGUGUCUCCGCUUGUGGUGGAACGAUCAACUGGAGCUAAGUCUAAGCCGACCGUCCCCACAACACCACUUUCAACUGCACGAAGGUCCUCGAUGCCCGCAGCUGGUGGUGGCAAGUAUACUUCCCGGAAUGCCGUGCCGGCGGUACACGAGACACCAAAGCCUUACACACCAACAACUAACCCGGCUGGACGAGUUUCUCGGCCAGAGGAUCCAGCCUUCGUUCGCACCACGGUGAAGUCAUCUCUACAGUCGCGGAUACAUCCGAGCCCAGUCAAGUCUCUCGGACGGGACCAGGAGUUUAAAGACGACGUGCUAUCGCUGCUGCGGCCUCUGGUCCGGCCGUCCAACAAGAAGUCGGCGCACCUGGCCGGAUUGAAGGACCUCCGAUCACCAGACGUCUCAGUGAACGCUCCCAGGCUGGACAAGAUCCCGCAGUUCAACUUGACGCCUGACGAGUCGCUGUGCGAGGCCCACGACUUUGCAAAGUACGCGGACAGGUACUUCUCCAAGAGCAGGCUGCCAGAGCCGCGCAGCAGCCACGCAAAGUCUGGCGACUUCCACACAAGUGGCGAUCGCUAUCACGGGAGCGGUGGUGGAUCCAAGGACAAGAUAGCCAUCCAGAUAAGCAACGAGAAAGUCCAGAUGCCAGGCAGCUCGGGCCCGGUCUUCAACGACGUGGUUCAUGUCAUCCGGCACAGCACGUUUAGGCUCGGCGGUGGCGGCGACAAGGCCGAGCCGCAGCAACACCACCCGACGCACAGCGACCUUCCGCGGGACAUGGACAUCGCGUCGCUGCUCGAUCUCAAGCCCGACGUGGAGGUGCUUCCAAUCUCCCAGCAGCAGCAGCAAAGCCAGCAACAAUGUCAACACCAAGGUGGCGGUUGUGGUGGUGGUCCUUCGAGUUUGAGUGCUACUGCGACAGCAACAGAGGUAGCGUCCGGGAGCGAGCAGCAGGACAGGGGUGCGAUGGAUGGGACGGACUUGAAGUCUUACAGACAAAGGGCGGAUGCUCUGGAAGGCUUGCUGGAGCUUUCGGCCCAGCUGCUAGCGCAGCACAGGCUGGAGGAGCUGGCCAUCGUCCUCAAGCCUUUUGGUGGCGGUGCGGUGUCGCCCAGGGAGACGGCGAUCUGGCUCACCAAGAGCCUCAAGGGGAUGCUGGCCGAGCACCACCAGGAGCAGCACAAGGUCACGGCAGCAGCGUAGCCACAGAACUCUUGUUUGGAACACUCCCAACUCCAAAGUAUAUGACCACGCGGCCCAGGGAUCAGGUGAGCCAAUUUUUUUUUCUUACGCACGGGAUUGCCGGUCUCUGUGGCGAUCACAUAAUAAAAGAAAUGCAUCCUUGUGUUUUGUGUAUUGGCAAGAAGAAAAUCGCAUUUGCCUUUA